AUGUUUUUUCGACCUGCACACGAGAUUUUGGAUGAGGCAUCGGAUAUUAUAAAAUUUCAACAGAACAAUACGAUUUCAUUGAUUGAAUUUUUGAAAGACAAAGUGAUUCAACAAAGUCAAAUGCUCGACAUUACACAAAAAGAAUUACAACAAUAUAAAGAAAUUAAAAAGCUCCCUAAAUCAUCAACUCCGAAAUCUCAAAGUUGUAAUGUUACACCAACUCGGACGCGUCAACCAAUUACUCCAAUUCCACCUAGACGUUUAUCAUUACCAAUCUCAACGGCUUCACCAACGAUUCAACUCAAACAACAUGAACCUCAUGAUUGUUAUUCACAACAAGGAUAUUCAAGUAAUCAUAACAUAUCUCGUAACCAAGCAUUUAGUCAAUCAAGAACUAUGAUGCCACCACCUAUAGAAAGUUAUUCGGCUUCUUUUUCCGAAAGUAACUAUCCCCGAGCAUCUACUCCGCGUGUGACGUGGAAACAGUUACAUAAUACGCAAUCGAUGUCAAAUGAUCAUCCACCUCAAACGCCUUCGAAUUAUCCCAUACCAAGGCAAUUUCAAAAUACUUCAGAUAAUUUUAUAACUCCUCAACGGAUUCCUAUGAAGAGGGAUCGAAGAGCGUGGCUAGGAUUGAAUAAAUAA